AUGGGAUCAUGGGUAUGGCGGAAGCUACUGAAGCUCCGGCCGGUUUCACGGCAGUUCAUUCGUAUGGAGGUUCAUAAGGGUCAAACGGUUAGAUUCUGGAUAGAUCCUUGGCACCCUUUGGGCCGACUAAUAGAUAUCACUGGUGCAGUUGGUACCCAGAAGCUUGGUAUUCACAGAUCAGCCCGAGUAUGUGAAGUAUGGGAUGGGAUUACAUGGAACUUCCGCAGAUGCCGUGAUAGGCAGUUAUGCAAUAUGAUCCAACAGAUCGAGCAACACCAUUUGGAUUUUGAUCUCUCAACCCCUGAUAUAGUCUUGUGGAAGAAUAACUCGUCUGAUUAUCGGGAGUGGUUUUCAGCAGUGGAUACAUGGCACUUAAUUAGGCCUAUGCGUCCUACACAGGAUUGGAGUAAAGUGCUUUGGUUCCCUCAGGGAAUGCCUAGGUUCUCCUUUAUAACAUGUCUUGCUGUGAGAAAUAGACUAUCUACGGGGGAUCGUAUGAGGGUUUGGGGUCACAUUCAGGGUUGUCUCUUCUGUGGUGAACCAAAUGAGUUUUGGGACCACUUUUUCUUUGCUUGCCCUUACACUUUUAUGGUUUGGAUUGAGGUGGUAGGAACUUUGUUGGGAAGAGAUCCGGAGCCGGACUGGGAGAACACUUUGGAUCACUUGACACACCACCGGUUUGAUUUCCUUACUUCCAUCCUCGUAUGA